UAUCUAUUCUGCUUCAUGAACGUGGAUUAGACACGGCUGUAUGCGAUAAAAUACAAAAUUAUUUAGAAGAAAAUACCAAUCUUCAUAAUGUUCAUUAUGAAGAAAAGAAACAACUGGACGGUCAAUUUGCCAGCAAAACGAUCAAAAUGCUUGCUGAAGAUUACGCCACUGCCCUUAUAGGUAUUAAAUCUUCACUUAUAAAUAUAAUUAAUGUUUCUUGUGAAGAAUACGACUGUUUAGUUAAAGAUAUGACAAAAGAAAUAAUAGAAUUAGAUG